AUGUUCAACUGGCAAGACUUUGACGUGGUAUUUCAGGCCAAGCCUGAUUACUCCUUCGACAACAAGACUGUGGAAAGCAUAAACAAACACCGCAGGGAAGCGGGCGAGUUGUUCUUCGACCGCAUAUGGAGGUCGAUCGGUUUGACGCGGCCGUCAAGGAACAACUACCCCCCUCGGACAAACCAAGAUCUACGCAAUAUCUGGUCCAAGAUCGUACAAUCAUCAGCACCCGAUGAGCAAAAACUCGCUCUUCUCUUCUACCUCUUGCGAGACUGCCGACAACUGCCUAACGCGGACUCGAACUUUGCUCGACGAACAUAUCUCCCUCAGAAAUACCAGCUACUUGUGGCUGGCCUUUGGGAGCUCGAUCAUGCACAGUUCGCCAGGGCUUUGGAACAUCUCACGGAUCCGUCAUUGCCUCCUACCUUUGCCGAUGACAUCCUCUUCACCUUAUUACAACACCCAAAAUGCGACCGCGCCCUCGCUACAGCCUACUGUGUCGCUGUCUCUCCACCACUAAAGGACCCCAAGACUCUUCACGCAUACUUCUCACGAUUGCUCUGUAAUAACAUUGUCGAGGCAUACUAUUUUGCAAAGAGACAGGACCACUUGAAACACAAGGAGCUGUUUGAACAGCUGAUCAUCACAAUACAUCAGGAGGAUCCUAGUCCUGACCAUGCCCGACGAGCGGCCUUAGUAGUUGGACUACCGUUUACCAGUGAGGAGGAUGGUUGGUUCGAGGAGUGCUUGCUGAAUGGUGCUGGGUCUAGACUUCCAAAAGCAAAGGAUUCCGUCAUGGCACGAAGAAUUGCAAUGGGACAAUUUACGUCUGAUAUGAGCUCAUUGAAGCGACUGAAGGGAGAAACCAUUGAUGGCGUCAACUGGGAAUACGUGCAGACAGGCAUUCUCGGUGCCGUUCCGCAUUGA